AUGUAUAGAUCUUCUUAUUACGAAUCUGAUUAAAAAGACAUUAUCAUAGCCUAGCUAAAAGCAGAUAUUUAUGAAGCUCAAAAAUAAUAAGAGGAAUUAGAAUAGCUUGAAUAAGAAAUGGGGAAAUGGGAAAUCAAGAUAAAGAUGGCUAAUGAGGAAAAAUUACUUUUAGAACAUGAACAUAAAUAGAAACAUGAAUAAUGUAUUGGUUAAAUUUAGAUGAUGACCUAAGAAAUUAACCAAUUAUCAAAAAUAUUGAAAGAGAGACAUUUGGAUUAGGAGAGAUAAAUUUUAUAACAGAAAGAAUUAGAAGAAAUUAAUGAUUAAAGAUAACUUGAAAUCUAAUAGGCACGAAAACAGUUGAAUAAAUUAUCGGAUUCGGUCAUUUAGGAAACAUCAAUUAUUGAGAAUUUGCAACAUAAACUUGAACAAUUCGAAUAGGAAAGUUACAAUGCAGAAGUAAAGAACAAAGACUUGAACAGGAAGAUAAAUGAGAUUUAGCAAAAGAAUAGGAAAAUAGAAUAAGAUUGUUAGAUAUUGCAAGAUCAGUUGAUAUAAUUAUAGUAAAGUGACUAGGAACAGGAAAUAAAUAAAUAUCAAUAACAAUUAGCAUAUACCAAUGAACACAUUAAAAAAAUAGAGUAGGAAUUUCAAUAGCAGAAAUAAAACAACAAAUCCACAGAGUAACAGAUAAAUCGCAUGAAUCAAGAAUUAUAAUAAAAUGAGGUUGACUUAUCAAAGUAAAGGAAAUAUUUGAUUAUGGAGUAACAAAAAAAGGAUGAUUUGAAUAAGAAAAAGGCUUAAUUGCAGAAAACCCAACUUCAUCGUUAAGAAUAAUAUUCUUAAGCAGAUUAAGAGUUUAAUAAGACUAAGAUGGAUAACCAAACGAUCAUCAAUGACAAUAAUUGUUACAAGAAUAAGUUGAAGCAAUUGUAGACACAUAUAGACAAUUUAAUGAAAGUGAAUUAAGAAUUGGUGAGUGAAUUGGAAUAUUAUUGUGGGGAUGAUUAGAAAAUUAAGCAAAUUUUGAAUAGAGCUGCCAGAGUAAAGGAAUUGCAAUUGCGAGUUGUUCAAGGGAAUAGAUUACUUAAGAAAUGA